UCGGAUAUGUCAGAAACCAGCUAUGGAAGGAAAUGCCAAUGGAAGAACCGAUGCGGUCCAAAGCAGAGGGCUGGAUAACUCUGAGGAAACACAGAAGCCAGAGUUUUAUCAUCUCCAUGGCAGGAUAUGGAGGUCUCUCUAUGGACUGUAUCCCUACAAGUCAAGCAUGAUCGGUCUAGAGUCGCUGGCAGAUCCAUCUUCUGAUUGGGACAUCUUGGAAACAAUUGGAAAAGGAACCUAUGGCAAGGUCUACAAAGUCAUCAGUAAGAAAGAUGGAAGUCAAGCAGCUGUGAAAGUUUUGGAUCCCAUUAAUGAUGUGGAUGAGGAAAUUGAAGCGGAGUACAACAUCCUGCGCUCGCUGUCCAACCAUCCCAACGUGGUGAAGUUCUUUGGCAUGUUUUACAAAGCAGAUGAGCUCUCUGGAGGGCAGCUUUGGCUUGUUUUGGAGUUGUGUAAUGGGGGUUCAGUAACAGACCUGAUAAAGGGUUUGCUGAUGAGGGGAAAACAUCUUGAGGAGCCCAUCAUCUCCUACAUUCUGUGUGGAGCUCUUCUGGGUCUCCAGCAUCUUCACAACAACAGAAUAAUCCACCGUGAUGUGAAGGGCAACAACAUCCUCCUCACCACAGACGGUGGAGUCAAACUGGUGGACUUUGGUGUCUCCGCUCAGUUGACGAGUGCCCGUCUACGCCGAAACACCUCAGUGGGAACCCCUUUCUGGAUGGCUCCUGAGGUGAUAGCAUGUGAACAGCAGUAUGACUACUCGUAUGAUGCCCGCUGUGAUGUGUGGUCUCUGGGCAUCACUGCCAUAGAGCUGGCAGACGGAGACCCACCACUGGCAGAGAUGCACCCGGUCAAAGCGCUCUUCAAAAUACCACGGAAUCCAUCGCCUACCCUACGCCACCCCGAGCACUGGUGCAGGAGUUUCAGCCACUUCAUCGCUCAGUGUUUGAUAAAAGAUUUUGAGACGCGUCCAUCAGUGACGCAUCUGCUGGAGCAUCCGUUCAUUAAGCAGGCUCAUGGAAAAGACACGUCGCUCAGGCAGCAGCUGUCCGUCCUCAUCCGUGAGCAACAGGACGUGGGCAGCAGGACCAAGACCAGGCAUGAACGGAUCAACACUCGGAAAACCCUCAUCAUUGAGAUCUGUCCUGAUGAUGAUCUGGUGAACCUGGAGGUUUUAGAUGAGGAAACAAUCAUUACACAUCUUCACAAGCGAUAUCAGGAGCUGCAGAUCUACACGUAUGUUGGUGAUAUCCUCAUAGCCCUUAACCCCUUCCAGACCCUCAACAUUUACUCUCCACAGUUCUCAAAGCUCUAUCAUGGGAUGAAACGCUCCACUAACCCCCCACACAUCUUUGCCACUGCUGAUGCAGCCUAUCAGAGCAUGGUCACUCUCUCUAAAGACCAGUGUAUAAUCAUUAGUGGAGAAAGUGGAGCUGGUAAAACAGAGAGUGCCCACCUCAUCGUUCAACAUCUCACAUUUCUGGGCAAGGCUAAUAAUCGUACACUUCGUGAGAAGAUUCUUCAAGUGAAUCCCCUGGUGGAGGCGUUUGGUAAUGCGUGCACGGCCAUUAAUGAUAACUCCAGCCGCUUUGGGAAGUACCUGGAGAUGAAGUUCACGCCAACAGGGGCGGUGAUGGGUGCUAAGAUCUCCGAGUAUCUUCUGGAAAAAUCAAGAGUCAUCAAACAGGCUACGGGAGAGAAAAACUUCCACAUAUUUUACUAUAUCUAUGCUGGUCUGUACCACCAAGACAACCUCAAGAAAUACAGGCUACCCAACAAAACUGCCCCCAGAUAUAUUGAUUGUGUUAAUGGUAAAGCAAUGCAGGACAUCAUCUCUAGCAAACUGUACAAGGAGCAAUUUGUUGCCAUUCAGGACUGUUUCCGUAUCAUAGGAUUUACUGAGGAGGAAGUGAAUUCUGUGUACAGAAUUCUAGCAGCCAUUUUAAAUACAGGAAAUAUUGAGCUCACAUCCACCAGCUCCCAACAUCAGAGCGACAAGAGUGAGGUGCCCAACUCUGAGGCCUUAGAUAAUGCGGCCGCUUUGCUCAGUAUUGGCUCUGAGGAGCUUCAGGAAGCUUUGACCUCCCACUGUGUGGUAACUCGAGGAGAAACCAUCAUUCGCACCAACACCGUGGACAAGGCCACUGAUGUGAGAGAUGCCAUGUCUAAAGCCCUGUAUGGACGGCUCUUCAGCUGGAUUGUGAACCGUAUUAAUGCUCUACUGCAGCCUGACACUAACAUCUGUGCGGCUGAGAGUGGAAUGAAUGUGGGGAUUUUGGACAUCUUUGGUUUCGAAAACUUCAAGAAGAACUCAUUUGAGCAGCUGUGUAUCAACAUCGCUAACGAACAGAUCCAGUUCUACUUCAAUCAACACAUCUUUGCCCUGGAACAGAUAGAGUAUCAGAGUGAGGGUGUAGAUGCCAGUCUGGUGGAAUACGAGGACAACAGGCCCAUUCUAGACAUGUUUCUUCAGAAGCCCAUGGGUUUACUGUCUCUGCUGGAUGAGGAGAGCCGCUUCCCACAGGCCACCGACCAAACACUCGUUGAUAAGUUUCAGGAUAACCUGAGAAACAAGUACUUCUGGACACCCAAGCGUGUGGAGCUUUGCUUUGGGAUCCAGCAUUAUGCUGGCAAGGUCUUGUAUAAUGUCAGUGGUUUUCUGGAGAAGAACCGUGACACUCUACCUGCAGACAUUGUGGUGGUUUUGAGAACGUCAGAGAACAAACUUCUGCAGCAGCUGUUUUCCAGCCCCCUGACUAAAACAGGUAACCUGGCCACAUCCAGGGCAAGAGUGACAGCAGCAUCCAGAUCUCUGCCUCCACAACUGAACAGCGGAAGAAAUAAGUCUCCUAAAUACCUGCUAAAGGUGGACACCAUGGAAAUGAUGCGUCACCCUGAGGAAACCACUAACAUGAGGAGACAGACAGUGGCGUCUUAUUUUAGAUACUCUCUCAUGGACCUGCUGUCUAAGAUGGUGGUGGGCACGCCUCAUUUCGUCCGCUGUAUCAAACCCAAUGAUGACCGCCAGGCUCUGCGAUUCAAUAAGGAGCGUGUAAUGGUUCAGCUGCGUUACACCGGCAUCCUAGAGACCGUCAACAUCCGCCGGCAGGGUUAUUCUCAUCGGAUACUCAUCGAGGAGUUUGUUAACAGGUAUUACUAUCUGGCCUUUCGUGCCCAUCAGAUGCCAGAAGGCAGUAAAGAGAAUGCUGUCAUUAUACUGGAGAGAGCCAAACUGGAACACUGGGUCCUGGGCAAGACCAAGGUGUUUCUGAAGUACUAUCACGUGGAGCAGCUCAAUCUGAUGUUGCGGGAAGUGAUCGCUCGAGUGGUGUUGAUGCAGGCCUACACCAAGGGCUGGCUGGGAGCUCGGCGGUACCGCAGAGAGAGAGAGAAACGAAACAACGGGGCAAUUAUCAUUCAGUCAGCCUGGAGGGGUUACACGGCCCGUCAGAAUCUGAAGCUGAUAAAGAAAGAGCGCGAGCAGGCUGCUGUGCAGAUCCAGUCAGCAUACAGAGGCUACAGAGUCAGGAAAGACUACAAACAGAGUCGAAGCACAGGACAAUCCACACCUGAAAGAAGAUCUUCCACCAAUCUCAUCUCAGAUGAAAAGGUUGUCUCUGUCAGCGCAGACACGGGCAGCAGAGAGGAUAGCUCCAGUGACGCUUCUUUGCUGAAGACAGACAAACAGAGUGACAGCAGAGAGAGAGACGGGCUUCAGGAGCGACCGGCACUGAGCAAACAAGGUCCAACAGUGAAGCUACAUCACCGUUCCCCUCGGCGAAGAGGACAGCAGCCCAAGCUCCUGAACAGCCCGGAAGACAGUCUUUAUUACAACCAUCUCAACAGAAGUCUGGAUUAUCAGGGGAGCAAGAGGAAACCCAGAAAACUGGGGCAAAUCAAGCUUCUGGAUGGAGAGGAUGAAUAUUAUCAAUUACUGUCCACAAUAGAGUCUGUUCCUGAGGAAGAAGUUUUAUCUGGCCCCUCCCCAAACCCUAAGUCUGUCACGCCUUCUGCCCCUCCUCCCACUAUCUCAUCCAGAUGAGCUGUGCUCCGCCCACCACUUUGACUCCUGCUGGCAGCUGAUUGCCUUUUCCAUUCUUUUGCUACGAAUUGUGCUGUACAUAUAAAAAUAAUGAGGGAUAAUUAUUUAUGUAUGCAUUAUUUUCUCAGUAUUUGGAUUUAUGUAUUUAUUAUGAAAGGCAAAUGUGCUAUUUAUCAGUUUUCUUAGAAUAAAAAGGAAAAAUACAUGGUUAAUUAAAUAAGGACUCUCAAAGGCAGCCUGUUGAACUGUUCAUAUUUAAAAUAAUAUGUUGCCAAACAACAUGAUUAGAUGAGCGAUGGCUGACUCACUGUGACUUAUUUCUUUUCUUCUUUUUUUUUUUUUAUAAGACUGUGUGGUCUGAGCUGUUUAUGAGCGACUGAACAUAGAACAAGUACAUCCUCAUUCUCUGCAUCACUCAUUGUACUGUUGAUAUUAUAAAACUCCCUUUUCUGGUCAUAGAUUCAUUCCAACUAUACAGUAGUUAAAAAAAGGUAACACACUUCUGUGAAUGGGUGAUGUUUCAGCCUUGUACAGUAUUGGUGUUUCUCAAUCCAAUCUCAGCAGCUGUUUUGUAUUCUAAUCUGUCUGAGAAAUAAAGUCAACAAAAUCAAGUUUGCACGUUUGUUAUUUAUC